UGUUGAUGACACUUUUGUCAAAAACUGCGUCAAGUUUUUGAACCAUUACAAUUCUCUUUCUUGAAACACGAAAACAAGCAGAAACCCAUAUUCGCAGAGACUCAGAAGAAACCAAAAGCACAUACCUCCCACCAUUCCUUUCAUGGGGGGUUCUCUUGGGAUCGUUUCUUCAAUUCCAGCAUACACACAUUGCUGAAUGUUCAACAGACAAAGUUGUUUUGUCGUGGACCUGUCUCAAAAUCAAUGUUGGUUUCUCAUCUUCCAGAUUUUACUUGAGGUUAACUAAUUACGACUACAACAUUGUGAAUUUCCAAAAGAUAAUUCAAACGCAUCAAAUUUUGUUGAGUUGAGCAUGUCCGGCGGCAAGGUGAAGGGCAUUCUUAAAGGCUUUAGAUACUUUACUCAAAUAUUUGAGAGUGAAAAAGAACAAGAAAUUCAGAUCGGACUUCCCACAGAUGUAAAGCACGUGGCUCAUAUAGGGUGGGAUGGACCCUCUGUAAAUUCUCCCAGCUGGAUGACCGAGUUUAAAACUUCUCCAAGUGUAGAUGUUCAGAAUAAAGGUCAAGAAAAUGGAGUGAAACGAGUUGCAGAAGAAUCAAGGAGAAGAAAUCAUCGAGAGUCAUCAUCGGAUUUACCCAAGGCAUCUAAAAGACAGUCAACGGGUGUUACAGAUUCUCCGACAAAGGAAAAGACAAGCAAACCGCGAACGAGGAAAUCUUCCAACAAGAACAAAGAUGAGAUCGCCCAGUCACCCCGAAUACCCGAAUACCCGGAUCCAUUUCAACUACCUCCUCCGCCUUCACCCUCACCCGAUAAUAAUAAUAAUAAUAAUAUUCCUAAAAAGUCUCGUCGCCAUAAGACAAAGGAGCAUUCUAGUGGCGUCCCUUCCAAAUCCAGAACCAAAGCCCAUUCUGCUUCGGAUUCUGGAUCCCCGGCCCAAUCCAAGUCCAGGAACACCCACACCACCUUUGAUGAAACUGAACACGAUCUUUUGCUCUAAUGUAAUGUUGCCCUAUUAGUUUAGUGUUGUGCAUAGAUAACUCUUGAGACCAGAACAAGAACCCUUCCUUCCCCAUUUUUAUAUUUCCUAUUAUUACUAUUAUUAUUGGCGUCCUUUCUUCCUUUUUGGCCUUCUCUAUAGAGACACACUAUUGUAUUAUCACCCAUUCCUCAUAUCAUAUGUAAUCACGCACUUGUUCA